AUAAAUAUUAGAUCUGUAUAUGGAGUUAAACGGUACGUGUUUAAAUCAAAGCCACUAUGGAUAUUGUUAAACAAGAUGGAGUAAAAUUUAUAACUAAUGCCGAUCUUGUUAAUACUUGGCUUGAUCACAGCGACAAGAACCCAAAAUUGUUUGUAUUUGAAAAAAUGUGUUCGUUAUUAAAUACUGAUGAACCUUCCAGGCAAAUGAGACACCACUUGGAGACUGCAAGCAGACUCUUUUGCCUGAAUAUAAGCAGAAGAUGGGCUGGGUCGUCUCGAAACCGCCUUCGAUUUGAGCGCCGAAACAAAGCGUGGUUGCUAAGUAAGAUCUUAAUGCCACAAUGUUUAUCUGAUGGUCAAUCAAGCAACUUAGAGCAGGCUGGCACAAGUCGCGCUCGUGGAAGACCUUUAAAGCCAUUUGAAGAGUGUUCCAAGAAGACAAAAAUUAGGCGUGCCAAAAAAAUCACUGCUGGCUGAACCACUAGUGAAAUAAAAUAUGCAGCUAAAUUAGUAAGUAGUUCUGCACCAUGUCCCACUACUUCACUUUCUCCUCAUCAGGCACUAGCUCUUUACUUAGACCUCUUUGUCUGAAAGAAAAUAUAAUGUUCUUAGGUCCGUUGUAAACAGUACAGGUACAAAUACCUUUCCUAGUCUGUAUAUUUUAAGACAAACACAAAAUGCUCUUUUACCUUCUAACAUUUAUAGUACUGAAAUUUCAGCUGAAGUGGAUUUGCAAGCUCUUUUAAAUGCAGCUUAACAGCUCAAAGUAUAAUAAAUAUAAUAGACAUCAAAGAAAACAAAAAAACAAUGUUGGUUUGCAAAUGGGGCUUUGAUGGUUCUUCUGGGCAUAGCCAAUAUAAGCAGUCAUUUGCCGAUGCAUUUUGCACGGAUGAAUUUCUUUUUUUAGUGGUUCUAGUGCCUUUAAGACUACAAGAUGUAGAGACUGAAAAUGUUAUGUGGGUCAAUCCAAGUCCAUCAUCCACACUUUACUGCCGACCUAUAAAAUUUAUAUUUAAAAAAGAAAAUAAAGAGCUAAUACGUGACGAGGAAAAAAACAUAUUGGAAAAAAUUAAUAAUCUGAAUCCAUUUGAUAUUAAGUUUGACAAUGGGCAAAUUUGUACAGUUGUGUAUACCAUGUCGUCUACCACAUCGUCUCAGAUACAAACGCGACAUCCAAAUGCAUCAUUUGCCAGGCAACCCCCAAGCAUAUGAAUUUGGAAAAUAUAAGCCGCCCAUCCCAAAUAGAGAACUACCGCUUUGGUUUGUCUACACUCCAUUGUUGGAUUCGAUUUUUUGAAUGCUUACUUCACAUCGGUUAUCGUUUACCAAUAAAAUCGUGGCAAGUGAAAGGUGCCGAAAAUAAAGAAAUUGUUGAAAAUAACAAAAAGAAAAUACAGGCUGAAUUCAAAUCGAGAAUGGGGCUGAUUGUAGACAAACCAAAGCCAGGGUAUGGGUCAAGUAACGAUGGGAACACGGCAAGAUGUUUCUUUUACAACCCAGAAUUAAGUUCCGAAAUUCUAGGUAUAGAUAAAAAUUUAAUAGUAAAGUUUUCAAUUAUACUUAGGGUUCUGGCAAGUGGUCGACCGAUAAAAAUUGAAAAUUUUAAAGAACUACUGGGCGAAACUAAACAAUUAUAUUUAGAUCUAUACAGAUGGUAUUACAUGCCAAGUAGCGUACACAAAGUUCUUGAACACGGGUGCGAAAUAAUUGAAUCAUUUUCGUUACCAAUAGGCCAACUCUCAGAGGAUGAUCUGGAAGCACGACACAAGGAAGUAAGAAAAUAUCGAUUGUUUCACACCAGAAAAUGUUCUAGAAUAAGUUCAAAUACAGAUCUAUUAAAGAGGUUAUCAAUAACAUCCGAGCCCCUCAUAUCAACAAAAAGAAAAGUAACAACGCGAAAAAGUAACAAAUUAGACAUCGAUGUACAGAAAUAUCUUAUAUGUGAGGAUACUUCAUCUACCUAUGAUUUGGAUAUAAAUUUGGAAGAUUCUGUCAGCAGUGAUUCUUCCGAAUCAGAGUAAUUACAAUCUAUGUUUUUGUUAUCCUAAAUUAAAUUUCUAGUAUCUUAAGGUUUUAAGUUUUUUUUAGUUAAAUAUAGUAUUAAUGUUUCUUUUUCAUUAAAGAAAAACAUUUUUAUGUUAUGAAAAACAUUAUUAUAAAUAUUAGGCUUACAUUGUAGAAAUCAUAUACUAAUGUUAUUUCAAUUGUUUUUUAUCACAGGGAUGUUUUAAUACUUACAUCAUU